AUGAAACGAACCAAGGUCCCUCCCGUAAUCCGUUGUCGGACGCCUGGAGCGGACGACACGGACGACCACGACGACCCUCCGGCCCAACAAAAACCUUGGAAGAUGCUGCCCCCACUUCGCGGCACGGUGUCGAAACGUCCCAACGCCACCGGACCCCCGUCGCCGUUGGCCACGAAAGUGGCUCGCGAAGAUUGCGGAGAUUCCGUAGCGCGGGUUACCAUUCUUCCCGGAUCGCUCGGGAUCCCCGUAUUUGGGGGACGGAAGUAUUCGGUGGCACCACCGAGCUCACCGCCGCCGUCGCUCCAACGGAUAUGUUCCAUGGUAUGGACGGGCCCCGCGCAAGCGGGGAAAACAACCUUGUUGCGAUCGUUUGUCCAACGAAAGUAUUACCAGGCGUCCGAAAACUCCGUCCGUGUACAGUCUGACAUCGAUCACGAGCCCUGGGAGCUCGAUUAUUUUCGCAAGGAUUAUUCCUUUCAAACAAAUGUUACGAUUUAUCUACUCCCUCGGAUGUCGAUCUCGACACGGAAAUCCUUACCGGAUUCGCAACGAGCGAUUCUGAAGAAAGCGGAAUACGUCUUCUUAACCGUGUCGAGCCUGGACCCCGACUUGGACGGCACCAUUCGAGACUGGACGACAUGGUUACAUUGGCAAAUAUCAUCCUCGGCUUCGUUGCAAUCCGACAACACGCCAAAAAUGGUGCUUUUGUUGACGCAAGCUGAUCUGUUGCCGACACGGUACACAUCCCCGUUUUCGUUGAUACAGCUCGGUUCCCGCGUCGAGCAAAUGUUUCAAAGCCCCCACCACGCCCAACUCCACUCCUACCAUUUUUGUACCGCAACAUUGGGCGAUACAACCUGGGAAUCUGUGGAUGACAUUGUGCGUCACGUGCUGGAUGAGGAUACACCACGGACGGCCAAAUUGUUUAUGCAUACACCGGAACGACUCUUGCCCGAGAAGACUCCGGUAACACCUGGCGAUACGAUUGACACUGUAGAUCAAACGGCCGACGACUCCUCCUCCGCAACUUAA